AGUUCGGGGGUACAACAGCACCAGGCGUUCACGUUCUAGCUCUUGCAAUUCUAACGAGCUUCCUCCCCCCCCUUACGCCCUUCGAAAACAGCUUCCACCCAUACAGACCAAGAUACCCAGGCAACCAAGCAUGGCGGCCAAUCCAAACCAAUACUUUCUGCUGGCAGAUCACAUCAAGCUCUCCUUGCUCGAGCGGCAACGGGCCAUAUCUCUAAAUCUCGAGCCCACGUCUCAAGAUGGGCACAUCUCCCGCUCGCUCGAAUCCCUCCGGGAAGGGAUCGAGGCCAUCACCAAGGAGCGGACCCGGUUACAAGGCGCCGGCGAGACAGCCGCAUCCCUCACCCUCGCGGAAACAGAGCAAAGUCUCCAGACGCAGUACGACGACCUAGCCUCCCAAUUCCACGGCCCUCCCACCGACACCGCCUCCUCGACCAUUUCGCACCCCAACGACCCAUCACUCGCCGACGACUUCGCGCGAGCCUCGGCCGCGCCCGCGCCCCGCGCCGUCUCCUCCUCGUCUCUGCUCAAGAAGUCCCUACGUGGUGCCCCUACCGCCGCCGCCUCACCCAAAUCCGUGCGCUUCACCGAUGCGCCCAUCGUGCAGGACGAGGACGAGGCGCGGAAUGCGCUGUUCCCCUACCGGGACGACCCUGGGGCCCCAGACCAUUCGGGGCUUGACAACCAGCAGAUCCACGCGUACCACACGCAGGUGCUAGCGGAGCAGGACGAGGCGCUGGACCGGCUGGGGGAGUCGAUCGGGCGGCAGCGCGAGCUGAGCAUCCAGAUUGGCGACGAGCUGGAUGAGCAUGUGCAGAUGCUGGAUGAGGUGGAUAGGCAUGUGGACCGGCAUCAGACGACGCUGGAUAAGGCGAGGAAGAACCUGGGGGGCGUGGCUAGGAAAGCGAAGGAUAAUAUGCAGAUGACGAUUAUUAUAAUCCUGAUCAUUAUUCUGGUCUUGCUGAUCAUCAUCUUGAAAUGAAGGGAGGACGGGCUGGAGCGGCGCUGUGGCCUUUUCAUGCAUUUGCGGGCGUUGGGAGUGAAGGGCUGAUCGUUGUGUAUAUAUAUAUGGGCACAAUGGCGUGGUUUUGCAAGCUAUCACCACAUAAC